CAUCCUCCUCCAGGUCCUGGCGCACAGGGUGGGAGCGCUGCGCUGCGCCGCGCUGCGCAUCGCGGCCCGCUUGCCGCCUGCCCCCUGCCCUAGCUGGGCCACCUCCCCGGGCUGCCGGUGGAGGGCUAAGAGGCGCUAACGUUACGCUGUUUCCGGUUUUCCAGCGGGCUCUGUUUCCCCUCCCAAGGCGGCGGCGGCUGAGCGGCGGAGCCCCCCAAAUGGCCUGGCCAGAUGCGGCAGGUUUGCUGCUCAGCGCUGCCGCCGCCGCCACUGGAGAAGGGUCGGUGCAGCAGCUACAGCGACAGCAGCAGCAGCAGCGAGAGGAGCAGCAGCAGCAGCAGCAGCAGCAGCGAGAGCGGCAGCAGCAGCAGGAGCAGCAGCAACAACAGCAGCAUCUCUCGUCCCGCUGCGCCCCCAGAGCCGCGGCCGCAGCAACAGCCGCAGCCCCGCAGCCCCGCAGCCCGGAGAGCCGCCGCCCGUUCGCGAGCUGCAGCCGCCGGCGGCAUGAGGCGCGACCCGGCCCCCGGCUUCUCCAUGCUGCUCUUCGGUGUGUCGCUCGCCUGCUACUCGCCCAGCCUCAAGUCAGUGCAGGACCAGGCGUACAAGGCACCCGUGGUGGUGGAGGGCAAGGUACAGGGGCUGGCCCCAGCCGGCGGCUCCAGCUCCAACAGCACCCGAGAGCCGCCCGCCUCGGGUCGGGUGGCGUUAGUAAAGGUGCUGGACAAGUGGCCGCUCCGGAGCGGGGGGCUGCAGCGCGAGCAGGUGAUCAGCGUGGGCUCCUGUGCGCCGCUCGAAAGGAACCAGCGCUACAUCUUUUUCCUGGAGCCCACGGAACAGCCCUUAGUCUUUAAGACGGCCUUUGCCCCCCUCGAUACCAACGGCAAAAAUCUCAAGAAAGAGGUGGGCAAGAUCCUGUGCACUGACUGCGCCACUCGGCCCAAGUUGAAGAAGAUGAAGAGCCAGACGGGACAAGUGGGUGAGAAGCAAUCGCUGAAGUGUGAGGCAGCAGCCGGUAAUCCCCAGCCUUCCUACCGUUGGUUCAAGGAUGGCAAGGAGCUCAACCGCAGCCGAGACAUUCGCAUCAAAUAUGGCAAUGGCAGAAAGAACUCACGACUACAGUUCAACAAGGUGAAGGUGGAGGACGCUGGGGAGUAUGUCUGCGAGGCUGAGAACAUCCUGGGGAAGGACACCGUCCGGGGCCGGCUUUACGUCAACAGCGUGAGCACCACCCUGUCAUCCUGGUCGGGGCACGCCCGGAAGUGCAACGAGACAGCCAAGUCCUAUUGUGUCAAUGGAGGCGUCUGCUACUACAUCGAGGGCAUCAACCAGCUCUCCUGCAAAUGUCCAAAUGGAUUCUUCGGACAGAGAUGUUUGGAGAAACUGCCUUUGCGAUUGUACAUGCCAGAUCCUAAGCAAAAGCACCUUGGAUUUGAAUUAAAGGAAGCCGAGGAGCUGUACCAGAAGAGGGUCCUGACCAUCACGGGCAUCUGCGUGGCUCUGCUGGUCGUGGGCAUCGUCUGUGUGGUGGCCUACUGCAAGACCAAAAAACAGCGGAAGCAGAUGCACAACCACCUCCGGCAGAACAUGUGCCCGGCCCAUCAGAACCGGAGUUUGGCCAAUGGGCCCAGCCACCCCCGGCUGGACCCAGAGGAGAUCCAGAUGGCAGAUUAUAUUUCCAAGAACGUGCCAGCCACAGACCAUGUCAUCAGGAGAGCAACUGAGACCACCUUCUCUGGGAGCCACUCCUGUUCUCCUUCUCACCACUGCUCCACAGCCACACCCACCUCCAGCCACAGACACGAGAGCCACACGUGGAGCCUGGAACGUUCUGAGAGCCUGACUUCCGACUCCCAGUCGGGGAUCAUGCUAUCAUCAGUGGGUACCAGCAAAUGCAACAGCCCGGCAUGUGUGGAGGCCCGGGCAAGGCGGGCAGCAGCCUACAACCUGGAGGAGCGGCGCAGGGCCACCGCGCCACCCUAUCACGAUUCCGUGGACUCCCUUCGUGACUCCCCACACAGCGAGAGGUACGUGUCGGCCCUGACCACGCCCGCGCGCCUCUCGCCCGUGGACUUCCACUACUCGCUGGCCACGCAGGUGCCAACUUUCGAGAUCACGUCCCCCAACUCGGCGCACGCCGUGUCGCUGCCGCCGGCGGCGCCCAUCAGUUACCGCCUGGCCGAACAGCAGCCGUUACUGCGGCACCCGGCGCCCCCCGGCCCGGGACCCGGGCCCGGGCCCGGCGCAGACAUGCAGCGCAGCUACGACAGCUACUAUUACCCCGCGGCAGGGCCCGGACCGCGGCGCGGGACCUGCGCGCUCGGCGGCAGCCUGGGCAGCCUGCCCGCCAGCCCCUUCCGCAUCCCCGAGGACGACGAGUACGAGACCACGCAGGAGUGCGCGCCCCCGCCGCCGCCGCGGCCGCGCGCGCGCGGUGCGUCCCGCAGGACGUCGGCGGGACCCCGGCGCUGGCGCCGCUCGCGCCUCAACGGGCUGGCGGCGCAGCGCGCACGGGCGGCGCGGGACUCGCUGUCGCUGAGCAGCGGCUCGGGCGGCGGCUCGGCCUCGGGGUCGGACGACGACGCGGACGACGCGGACGGGGCGCUGGCGGCCGAGAGCACGCCUUUCCUGGGCCUGCGCGCGGCGCACGACGCGCUGCGCUCGGACUCGCCGCCACUGUGCCCGGCGGCCGACAGCAGGACUUACUACUCCCUGGACAGCCACAGCACGCGGGCCAGCAGCAGACACAGCCGCGGGCCGCCCCCGCGGGCCAAGCAGGACUCGGCGCCACUCUAGGGCCCCGCCGCGCGCCCCUCCGCCUCGUCCGCCCCACUGUCUUUAAGGAGACCAGAGACCGCCUACUGGAGAGAAAAGAGGAAAAAAGAAAUAAAAAUAUUUUUAUUUUCUAUAAAAGGAAAAAAGUAUAACAAAAUGUUUUAUUUUCAUUUUAGCAAAAAUUGUCUUAUAAUACUAGCUAACGGCAAAGACGUUUUUAUAGGGAAACUAUUUAUAUGUAACAUCCUGAUUUACAGCUUCGGAAAAAAAAAAAGAAACAACAAAAAAAAGAGAGAUGGGCCAAUUUUUUGACUCUUUAAUAGAAACCUAUUUUGUGGUGCCUUUUGCUGUAUGCUCAUCUGGGGCUCCGGGGGACAGGUCUGGGUUGUGGGGUGCUUAAAGUGACAGCAGGGAGAGAAGAGGCUGCGAGUUCUGGUGGGGGCGAGGGUGGGGGGCAGUGGGGGGUUGGCCCUAAGGGAAGAACUGAGGACAGAAGUAGCUUUGCUCCCAGGCAAGAGCUGGAGUUCCCGACCCCUGGGAGGAGAGGGCCAGGACCCUAGGCUUGGAGCUGGAGCUGGGGUAACUUCCAGGGGGAGAUAAAGACACAGCUACCCGAAUGGGGAAGCCCUGGCUACUCAUAGCUGUUAAAGGAGGGGGACAGAGAAAGGUCUCCCCAAGAGCCUGAGCCCAGGGAGGUGGCAGCUCUGCCAGGGGCCUAAUGUUGGCGGCUCCUGUCCCCCACAGCCUCCAGGACGCCCCUCCGUCCUCUGCAGCACCUUCGUUUACAGGUCAUCUUUUCUAUUUUACACCUGCAUGUCCUUUGCAUUUCAGAUUCUUUAGAUUGGAUGCAUGGUCACGCUGGGACCGGGAAGAGCCACUCGACAGUGUAUUCCCCUUUUAGCAAUAAAGUAACACCAUUUCCUUCUCACAGGCUGCCUCCUAGCCCCCAACCCACCUAUGACAUCCACUCGUCUCCAGUCCUGCCCUCCCACCCCCAAAAACUGGGUCCACUGCUAAUUUGUCAAAAAGGUAAUUGUUUAAAAGAAAAAAAAAUCCCAAACAGAAACAGAUGGGAAUCCUGUCCUGAAAUGUCUGAACACCUGACUGUUGACACUUGAACAUUUUUAUAUUAUAAAUAAAAUCAGAAAUAACUCCUG